AUGGCUUCGUCGCAUAUCCGCCGCUCUCUGCGGCUAGUAGAUUCUACAAGCUUCGCAAAAGCUACAUCUAGAUUGACCUCCCGGUCCACCACGCAGCACAUCCUCGCCCUUACCAGAUCAAUCACAACCACCCCUUCUCACAAAUCCAUCACCACCAACAACAACCAAGCAACCCGGACAGCCCCCAAACCCCCCAUCCCAUCUACACCAACCCUACCAGCAAAGCCAUCCACCCUCUCAUCAACCGCACCCGCAACGGACGACCGCACCGCCCGCAUCCUCGCCCCAACACCCACCCACCAAACCACCACCAACAUCUCCAAAACCGGCCUCGCAGACGCCCCGCUCUCCCCGGACUCGCCCUCCGAAGAAAAAAUUGACUGGACGCGCUCCUUCCACGGGCUCUCCGCCGCGCCGUUCCCCAAGGAGGUAGCAGAUAUCCUGCUCGCGGAGGUCGACCCGGAGGAAGUCGAGAUCAAGCCCGAUGGCAUCCUGUACCUCCCUGAGAUCAAGUACCGACGGAUUCUGAACCGGGCGUUUGGGCCAGGUGGCUGGGGGCUUGUGCCUCGGAGUGAGAGUAUUGUUACGCCGCGGACCGUGACGAGGGAGUAUGCGUUGGUUUGUAAUGGGCGGUUAGUGUCUGUCGCGCGGGGCGAGCAGGAUUACUUCACGCCUGAUGGGAUCCCGACGGCGACGGAGGGGUGUCGGUCUAAUGCGCUGGUGCGCUGCUGCAAGGAUCUGGGGAUUGCGAGCGAGCUGUGGGAUCCGCGGUGGAUUCGCAAGUUCAAGGCGCAGUAUACGCGGGAGGCGUUUGUGGAGCAUGUGGUCAACAAGAAGCGGACGAAGAUCUGGGUGCGCAAGGAUGACCAGGUGUCGUAUCCGUGGAAGGAGACCGGGACUAAGUAG